AUGGAGCCAGACAAGCCCACAAACUCAAAAGAAGCCCCAAACCCAGCUGUCCCGGCGAUUGAUCGUUACAAUGAUCACCAUUUCAGAAGAAUCGGUGAGCAAGUUUGGAUAGCCAUACCUGCUGCCGCCGUGUUCUUCUUGAGCAGGGGAGGGACUAGGGAGACGCGGCGGAGAAGAGUGGCAGAGCAGCGGCGGAAUAGAGGCGGAGCAUAG